GGAGCUCCAGGUGCGCGACGCGGAGCGAACUUUUAAAGACCAGAAACCAGCUACAACAAAGACAGAGAUCAACUUUGGUGCUUUUACUCUGAAGGAAGAGACACUGGAGCUUUGCAGAGGUUAUGAUGAAGGAUCUGUGGAGAUGAUUGGCUCUCACUGAACAGAAGAUUAGAUGAUUCUUCAGAGCGACGCUGCCGGAUGUGAUGCUCGUUUUGUCGUAGUGCCGCCCAGGAACACAGAUGCCAGCUGACCUCUGACCCCUGCAGCAUGGACCUCCAUCGGCAGGCCAAUCCUCAGCUCCACUACGGGAUCAACGGGGGCGGAGCUCGGAGCUCCAGGCCGGGCGAAGAUGAUACGCUGAAGUUUCUGAGCCGGGAGGAACAGGAGUGCCUCCAAUUCUUUGAGGAAACUAUCGACUCGCUGGAGGAGAGUCUGGAAGAGAACGACUCGAGGGUCGGACAGGUGAAGCCCCCCGCGAUCGGUGGCGGCCAUUUUGAAGAGGUCGAUGGACCCCCUACCUCGAGUCCCAAGCCUGGUGUCAUUCUUUCCUCUCCUCUGGCGAGUUCUCUGAGUCCCAAAGAGGACAUUAUAGAUCUGGUGCAACCAGAACCGAACUUGGUGCAGAACAGAGAGCUGAUCUUCAACCCCACCAGUCCAGAUUUUCAGAGCAUGGUGCCGACUCCUGAAAGCCACUUUGAGAUCAAGCCAAUGCGUGACCCGAUAGACAGCUUGCCUUCGGAGUACAACCCUCCCCUACCAAGCAGCAACUACGGGCCCACAGACAGCCUCUCCACCUACCACCCGCCAGGCAGUAUCCCCACCCCGGUCCUGAUUGCCCAGAAGAUAGCGGAGAACCAGGCAGGGGGAACGUCCAACGUACUGCCCUCCACACUCCUUCGCAGAAGCAGCCUGGAGGCGGAAAAGCCACCAAGCUAUGGCACAGAUCUUCCCGUCAAACAGGGUCCACCUACCUCUGCUAAGCCUACCCGCUUUCCUUCCAACAUCAGUCUGAUCCUUGGCAGCAAGGAGCACCAGAACCAGUCGAUGGCUAAUGUCAACAUCCAGGAGAGACGGGCACAGAUGCUUGCAAAUCUAACGGGGUCACACCCUCUGCUGCAGGAUGUUCCUCAUCAGGCCAUGGACCAGAAGACUCGAAAUCCUCCCACACGCAGCAUCUCCUUCAAGGACCCCUCACCGGACAAAUCUAGGAUGGAGGCGCUGUCUAAGCUGGGUCUGAACAGGAAUCGCGCCAUGUCUGGUGGUACAUCGCUCUUUGUCACCCCUGAUAGCACCACUCUGGAUCUUCCAGCCCCUGAAAGAACAAGUGCCAAACCUUUGGAGGCCCGUGUUCCCCAAACAACAGAAACCAGCACCAGAUUGCCAGAAGUCGAUGUUAAGACACAACAUCAGAGCCAGGUUAAUGUCGACAGAAAGUCAGAUAUACUGCGGACAGAUUCCCUCAAGAGCCAGGAGGAUAGAAACCCCCAACCUCCACAUCAGAUGCAGAUCAAUGCCGACAGAAAGUCAGAGAUAAUUCGAUCAGAUUCCCUCAGGAGCCAGGAAGAUAGAAACCCCCAACCACCACGUCAGAUCCACAUUGAUGCUGACAGAAAGUCAACGAUCCUUCGGACAGAUUCCCGCAGGAGCCAGGAAGAUCGGAGCCCUCAGUUGAGCCCCUCGCCUUCUACACUGACACAGAACAGCUACUAUCCACCUCCUCUGGAGCACAAGGCAUCUACUUCCCCUCCGCCUGAGGUCUCCUCAGUGGAACUUAACAGCUACGGAGGGAAAUCCAUUGUGGUCCACCCGUCUCAUUCCACCAAGAGCGAACAUGCAAAUUCUCCGGUGACCAACGAACCCAAAGUCCUCCCAUCGGCGCUGGCUCAUCCCACUGAGUUCAACAACUAUGGAGGAAAGUCCAAAGUCGUGACUCCUGUUCCUGUAGCCGUGAACAGGAGCGACCUUCCCGACAUCCUCAGCUCCCAUAUCGACAAGAGCCAGACCUCGCCAGCUAGAUCAGAGCCACGAUCUUCUGAGCUCAACAGUUACGGUGGAAAGACCCUGACCAUAAACCCCUCCGCUGGGUUCAGUCGCUCUUCGAACAGUCCAACAAAGAGUUUCAAAGCUCCAGCUCCGACCCCAGCCCCGAGACCUCCUCGACACUCCUACCACGGCGCCGUUUCCACCCAGCAGCAUGCCGUGACCCCUGAACACAAACCACGGAGAACCGGCUCCAUGUUUCGUCCCCAAGGCAUCACUGUUCAGUUUUCUGGACGGGGCGCGAUGGACGAAUCGCGCAGGGAGGCGUUGAGGAAACUGGGGCUGCUGAAAGACUCCUGAUAAGCUCUGAAACUCCACCUGUCGAGCCUGAAACGCUGGUAUGUACCUGCUGGUGGAGGGGGAAUGCUAGAAGAUUCCUCAUUUAUGACUGCGAGGUGUGGUUGGAUAGAGACCUACUUUUACAGAGGAACGGAGAUCCAACAAUAAACCCGCACACCCAGUUCUCACUUCCUGGCCAUAAAGAACCGACAAACAAGUGUGACACAGUUCGGCUGGUGAACUCCUGACAUACUUUCAGUAACACGUCUGCAAAACUGCUUCGUGUUGCAUCUGUUACAAGACUUUUUUUUUUAUACCUCUGUACGAGAUAUCUUAGAACAAGCUGAUGCUGAUCGACUUCCUGCGAGAAGCAUUUUAGUGUUUUUGUUAUUAGCAAUGAAAAGAACAAAGAAAAAAAUUGUAAGUCUUUACAGAUAGUUUCUGUCUUCCCUGCCUUGUCUGUGGUACUGCUGGGCACUGUAGUUUUUUUAUCAAACAGUAGUAAAUAGUUUAUUUAUUGGGGACUAUUUUAUGCAGUGGAUUGAUACACAUCACAGCAGGUCGGUGUAUGUGCAAUCGGGUCAACUUAAACUCCAAUGGGACGAACUGACAUCAUCUUUGCCUUGAGAUAUUAUUUUUGAAAAGGGCUGAGAAUAAAGGUUAAAUUGAUUUUUACUAGGAUUUUAUAUUUUAUAUAUUAAAAGUUAGGUUGGGCUAUAAACCAAGAAAUGCCGGCUUCAAACUCUCCAGAGCCCCAAAAGCUCCCGAUUCAUCGUGUGGCAGCUGAUUUAAUCAAUUCCACUUGUUUGCUUAAAUUCCAAAGCAGUUUUUCUCAAACUCUUCGAGUUGUAAUCCUCCAAGAAAUAUCAGGUUGCUGCUAAAAGUGCCAAGUUAUUUUGCUUUUUGGACAUUAACUUGCAACCAGCUUGGGAGUUCCUGACCCCCUGUUGCAACUCAUACCGAAAUCUAGUUAAAAAAAAACAGUUAUUAUUUAAAUUUUCGAAUACAUUUAAACCUAAAAUUGCCACAAAUGUGUUGCCACAAACUUUGGGGCAUGUUUGUAGUCCAUAAUGUUCGUAAGUGAUUUAUAUGUGUAGUCAGGCCUAUCAACCCUCGGGGGGCCAGUGGGGGCCCAAAAUUCAAUUUUGCCCCAUGACCCCUGAGUGCGUUGAUCCGGUCCUGGCAAAAAAAAAAUUAAAAAAAAAAUUUUACCUUCAGGAAGCUUCUUUAAAACCUCCUUUUGGUGUAAAUGUUGAGAAAAUCAAAAUGAAAUCCAAAUCUCACACAUCCUCCCAACAUUUGUGUCUGUGUGCAGUUUAAGUUAUAUUUGUUGAGUGAUGUUAAUGUUCAUACGCAGGCUGUGAAGCCUCCAUCGCCUCUGUUAACGUGGGAAACUCUUCUUUGUUUUACUGGUUUGUUUACCGACUCGGAGCAUUUAAGCGCGUCCGUCUUUUCUGUCUGCACUUCGGUUGAAAGUUAUUUCCUCUCCAGCGAUUUAUUACUUCUGAAAUGACCAAAAAUCAAGAUGCCCGAAGUCAAACUCACUAAUAUGUCCAUUUAUUCUCUCAAACCUGAUGUCUUGGAGUGACACUGCUGCUCCAGCUGAAGUGAAAAAGAGGCCGAGAGUUUGUUUUUUUUUCUGAGCUGAGCUGCAGGAUAUUUUUACUCUGCGGACAAACCUCCCACACCAAACCACAGACUGUGGAAUUGGGUUUUGUUGGGCAGGACUUUUACUUUUUUACUACGCAGAGGGAAUACUUUACAUUCAGUCUUUAGGGAUGGGCGAGCACAUGGCAUUGUACAAAACACAAGCACUAAAACCACAGAGGCUAGAAAUACAUCCCGGCUUACUUAUUCCUUUUCGAGCUGUUGUCGAUUACUUUUUGCGAGUGUGUUAUUUAACUGUUGUAGCAGCAUAAGAGUGUGUGUGUGUGUGUGUGUGUGUGUGUGUGUGUGUGUGUGUGUAGACUCCGGCCUGCUGUAGUUCACCUACAGUCACUUAUGAAGUAUAUUUUGUUUCGCUCAGACGAUUUCUCGUUCUUGUGUGAAAAUUUUUUCUUUUUUUGUGAAUUUUGUUUACAGACUCCGGUUCCUCUGUAGUUCAGCUACAGUCAUUUUGAAGUAUCUCAUGGUGCGUACAUGCAGUUUAUAACGACUUUCUGCGUGACACAGCCUGUAACAACAGGGAUUAAAUAAAGUGCAUCCACGUGUGGUGAAUGGGAAUAUUAGUGGUCACGUGAAAGUUGCUGCUGCAGCCUGGUGAACUUUCUGACUUUGUUGACAUUGUAUACUGUAAAAAACAACAGCUUAAUAUAUGUAAUGUUGAAUGUGUGUCGAUCAUUAAACUGAGUAAAGUAA